GGAGUUCCUAAUGACACAGGAGCUGGACAGAGCUAUGUAAGGUAUCCAGGGCUUGGCCUGACAGCUUCUCCUGUCUGUCUCUUUGUUGUGAGCCCAGGACAGCAAGUCUGCUGCUCCUCAUCAGCCUUCCAGCUUUUGGGCUGAUCACUAAGAAGGCAGAAGAAAGAGAAACUCAGUUUGAGCUUCACCUGGAGUCUUUGUUCUCCAACCUAUUCCCAAACUAAGAAGGAGAGGGCAGUUACCUGCCCUCUGCUGCACUCUAAGGGCUCCCUUAUGAAGGUGAUUUGCUGGAUCCUGGCAGGUUUUUACCUGCUUUUCUGCUGCAAAGCAGAAGAGGGACUGAAUUUCCCCACUUACGAUGGGAAAGACCGAGUGAUCGACCUGAAUGAGAAGAAUUACAAGCAGGCCCUGAAGAAGUAUGACAUGCUCUGCCUGCUCUUCCAUGAGCCAGUGAGCUCUGACAAGGUCUCUCAGAAGCAGUUCCAGAUGACAGAGAUGGUCCUGGAGCUGGCAGCUCAGGUCCUGGAGCCCAGGAGCAUUGGUUUUGGGAUGGUGGACUCCAAAAAGGAUGCCAAACUUGCCAAAAAGUUAGGUUUGGUGGAAGAGGGGAGUCUCUAUGUCUUUAAGGAUGAGCGGUUGAUUGAAUUUGAUGGGGAACUGGCCACAGACGUCUUGGUGGAAUUCCUUCUGGAUCUACUAGAAGAUCCUGUGGAGGUCAUAAACAGCAAGCUGGAGCUUCAAGCCUUCGACCAAAUCGACGAUGAAAUCAAACUCAUUGGCUACUUCAAAGGAGAGGAUUCUGAACAUUACAAGGCAUUCGAAGAAGCCGCCGAACAAUUCCAGCCGUACAUCAAGUUCUUUGCCACUUUUGACAAAGGGGUUGCCAAGAAGCUAGGCCUGAAGAUGAACGAGGUGGACUUCUAUGAACCGUUUAUGGAUGAGCCUGUGCACAUCCCUGAUAAGCCUUACUCAGAAGAGGAGCUGGUUGAGUUUGUGAAGGAGCACAAAAGGGCCACCUUGCGGAAGCUGCGCCCAGAAGACAUGUUUGAGACAUGGGAGGAUGACAUGGAGGGAAUCCACAUCGUGGCCUUUGCUGAAGAAGAUGACCCAGAUGGUUUUGAGUUCCUGGAAAUUCUGAAGCAGGUUGCCAGGGACAACACCGAUAAUCCUGACCUGAGCAUUGUCUGGAUUGACCCUGACGACUUUCCUCUGCUGAUCACUUACUGGGAGAAGACCUUCAAGAUAGACCUGUUCAGACCACAGAUCGGGGUUGUGAACGUCACAGAUGCUGACAGCAUCUGGAUGGAGAUCACGGAUGACGAUGACCUGCCCACGGCUGAGGAGCUGGAGGACUGGAUAGAGGAUGUGCUUUCUGGGAAGAUAAACACUGAAGAUGAUGACGACGAUGAUGAUGACGAUGAUGACGAUGACGACGACGACGAUGAUGAUGAUGAUGACGAUGAUGAUGACGAUGAUGACGAUGAUGAUGAUGACUAACUGUGACUCUAUGCAGUUUGACUUGUGGGGGCCAAGAGGCUUCCCCCUGCGGCAGGUCCCUCCUUUGGAAGACCUGUGUUUGAGCGUCAGCAAGCACCGCUGCUCUUCCUUCCCCCCCUGCCCUGCUCCCCCUGCCCCUGCUGGGACCCCUCUCCCUGGCCUGAUUCCCAGCGGUGCUGAGCCACUGGCACUGCCCCUGUGGCAGGUGGCAGCUGCAGGAACCCAGCACCACUGCAAAUCAUGCCUCUUUAGUAAAGACAACAGGAAACUGCAGGGAAUCUGCCCCCAGUGUCCCAGAGCAGGAGAAAAGUGCCUGCCUGCUUGCUUCCAGAGAGGCACAGAGAGCCAAUUUGUGUUUUCUGUGCUCAUCAGCCCAGCACUUAACAUCCAAAGACCAAAUCUCACUUCAAGACAUAUAGUCCUUCUAUUAAACAACCUUUGCAGCUACUCAGUCCUGCAAGUUCUGCUGCAGGAGUCUGUAGCUACUCAUUAAAGUGCUAGUAACAGCCAAAAAACCUGGGGUGGGGAGGAAGGCUUUAGGGAUGCUAUUGAAGUGUUUAGAGGUGCCAUAUGACAACAGGAUAUUCUUGUCUGGCAGUGCAAUACAAAACUGAACACCACAGUCCCUGUCUGAAGCCCUUUCUUCUUGAAAGCUCAGGCCAAAGAUAGGGUAAAGCAUGGGGGAGGUCUGAUACAAGAUGUCAAAACUUGUGAGUUCCUGAACUGCUGGAAAAGCUGAUCCAGGUUUUCAGUCCAGGCUCUUGAGGCUGAAGAUACUGGCAUUGAGCCAAAUCAUUGACUUUUAAUCUCUGAAACACCAGAACAGACUCCAAGCUGGUUCCAAAGAUCUGCAGCCAUGUCUGGGCUGGGCCUAAUACCUCUUUCAGAUGUGAAAACAUUCAUGGGGGCCCACUCUGACGUCUUCCUAUUCCCCAUUAUCUCCCAGUUUUAAUUGACCUUUAACUCAAACCCUACACAGCACCUUUUCCCAUGGCCAAGACCCUGGGAGGGAACACGGUCACAUCAGCAGGAGCUGUGACAGGAUCCAUGCUAUUUGGAUGGAUAGCUAUUUUGGGUGCACAGUUCCUCCCUACUUAGUGACCCAGAUGUCCCAUGGUAGCCCAUGAGAAUCCUCUUUUGACUGCAGACUGAAAAGAAAGCCAAGGUGCCAGUUGGUAGUCAAGGGGGUCACUCACAAAGGGUCAAGCAACUCAGUGCUAGCAGGUGCAGCACUCUCCAUGUGCAGGUCACUGCAAUGGUGUUAGGUGUCCCUGCUUUCCCAUGCUGGCAGAUUUCAGUUGUCUUAGCUUCUGACAACAGUGCAAUGAAUGGAGAGUUUGGAGGUAGUUUUAUCUGGAUAUAUACAUUCUCCAGUCAUCCAGACUCCUUAGCUUAGGUAGGGUACCCAGGUCCUCUCUUGCUUACAGACAACCCCCAUUGUUCUGACCUUCCUUACACUGGCUUACAUCAGAGGCCAGCGAUGGUAGGGGAAAUAAAAGUGUGAGGGGCAGGAGAACCAAAGCUCCUCAUGUGAAUGUCAA